UUUCAACCGAGCUGAAGCAGAGGUACUUUCCAGAUACAUUAUCUGUAGAUUUUAAAAACAUUGCUUAAAGUACUUUAUCGACUUUUAAUUGUCCCAGAAAAAACACUAAAACCGGGGUUUAUUUUUUUAUUCGCUGAUAUAUAUAUAUUUUUUUAGUUUUAAAGAACAAACAGUUUAUUAUUCAUUACUUUUAAAUUAUUUUAAAUCCACUUUUUUCAGCCAUGACUUCAAUGAGUGAGCCUUUGGAAAUUACCGGCAAUGAGCUGGUUCACAUACUCAGGACCCCCCGGGACCAGUACACCUCUGCCGGGUGUGUGGUGCUGGACUGCAGACCUUUCCUUGAUUUUUCUUGUGCGCACAUUUGCGAGUCCCGCAACGUCAACUGGAACUCCAUGCUGCGUCGAAGAUCCAAGAGCUCGGUGGUGGCUCUGGAGUGGCUCAUUCCGGACAAGGCGCUCCUGGGGCGACUGCGGCGCGGGGAGUUCUCCCCUUUGGUGGUAGUGGACGAGAGCAGCCGCUCCUUGGGCGAGCUGAAGUCAGAGAGCGUGGCCCAGAUGCUGAUCACCGCCCUUCAAAACGAAGUCCAGACUCAGAUCUGCUUUCUACAAGGUGGAUAUGAGGGAUUUUCAGAGGCCUAUCCAGACCUCUGUUACAACUCAGCCAGCAGCCACAUCUCUACAGUGGAAUCAGAGCCAGUGCCGGGCCGAAGGACACCAGCAUAUGACCAGGAUGGUCCAGUGGAGCUGCUGCCAUUCCUGUUUUUGGGCAGUGCUAUCCACUCCUCCCGCAGAGAGACCCUCACAGCGGCAGGCAUCACAGCUGUGCUCAACGUUUCCUCCACCUGCCCUAACUUCUAUGAGGGGGAGUUUGAGUACCUACGACUCACUGUGGAGGACAAUCUGGCUGCUGACAUCAGAGCCUGCUUCUCCACAGCCAUCUCCUUUAUCGACUCUGUGAAGCAGAGUGGUGGUCGCGUGCUGGUGCAUUGCCAGGCAGGUAUCUCCCGCUCUGCCACCAUCUGUCUGGCCUACCUCAUGCACACACAGCGCGUCCGGCUGGACGAGGCCUUCGACUUUGUGAAGCAGCGACGUCAUGUUAUCUCCCCCAACCUGGCUUUCAUGGGACAGCUGCUGCAGUUUGAAACUGAUGUUCUCUGCCAAGGAUGAAGACCCAGACACACCAAGAGGAAGGACAUUUCUAUGACCGUACUUUUUCAGUUAAAUCUCCUGCCUCCUUUAGGCAUUGUGCUGGACUCAGAGCAUUAUCGGGACUCGAAACAUAUGUAUAAAUAUACUAUUUUGUGCUAUUGAAACCACUAUACAACAGAAGCAAACACUUGGUGCAUUCAGAGAAAAGCCACUUGUGUUGCUGGCAUCACAUGGCUGGUGGCUCUGGAUUCCUACUUUCAGUAGAAACUGAGAAAUGAGAUCCUGAUGCAACAAACAGCAGUUGGAAAUAUAAACCCCACUGCAGUAACCACAUGAUGAACAAUUGUGAUUCUGAGCCAGCAAAUUGGAGCAGCUAUGAGGUAAUUCCCCUGACGUUUUGUACUUAAGGGGAAUUAUACCUGCUUGUCUAGUUUUGUUUGUGUGUUUGCCUGUUACUUUGACUUAUGUGCCUGAUUAUUUGCAAGGGCUUGCUUGUUUUCAUACUGAAAAUCAUUCCCUCACAGUCACGACCACUGUGACAUGACAUGUCUUUUCAUGAGACAACACUGUGUUAGCUAGGUACAGCAAUACUGGAUGAAUCUCAAGUUAUAUUGUCUAAUUUAUAAAAAAAAAUGCACUAACCAAAAACUGGUGUCUAAUCAGAAGUCUAAUCAUUCUGUAUCCUGAGAUAGAUUAAUUUUGGUACACAAAACUGGAAGUUUUUGUUUUUAUCAUGUAAAUAGAAUUUUUAUUUUUAUUUAUUGUUUCAACAUUUGUUAAGACAGCAUUACCAUGACUGCUGUCUGUUACUGCACUUUAUACUUACAAGGUUUGACUGAUUCCUUCUGUUUUUCCACUGAAAUAAAAACAGGGUGGAGAACA